AUGACUCCGUUAUGGCGUCGACCAGGUGUGCUCCUCGGUGGCGCAACGCUCUACGCCGGUGUGACCUUUGCUACAUACGUCACGCUGUACGAUCCUAGGAAGGACAGCAUUAAUCAUCCUAUUGCAACUUCUAUGACCGAUGCCAAGCGAGUUUCUAUUUUUGACACGAAUGCGUCAAAAUACGAUAAGGAGGUGAACUGGGACGAACGACUCAUGGGCAUUUCACUCAUGCGACGUUUUCUAUUACAACAAGCAAAGGGUCAUGUGCUUGAGGUCGCAGCCGGUACAGGCCGCAAUUUGUUUUUUUAUCCGGAGACCUCUCGGGUAAUUUUGACAGAUUUGAGUCGUGGAAUGCUGAACCAAGUGUCAAAAAUGCAACAGCAACGACUGACGAGCUGUGAGUUACGUGUGAUGAGCGCACAUGAGCUCGAGUUUCCAGACAAUCACUUUGAUACAGUGGUGGAUACUUUUGGACUUUGUAGCAUGGACGACUCAUUGCAGACGUUGCGAGAGAUGCAACGUGUGUGCAAGAAAGACGGCGGCCACAUUUUGUUGCUGGAGCACGGUCAGAGUAGCUACACGUGGCUGUCGAGCAUUUUGGAUAAGUUUGCCGAUCUGCACGCGCAAAAGUGGGGCUGUCACUGGAAUCGAGAUAUUUUGAAACUGGUGGAUGAGGCGGGUUUGGAAGUGGAGACUGUACACCGUUUCCACUUCGGUACGACCUACUAUAUCGUAGCCAAGCCUGGUUGCGAGAUACGAGAGACUGAAUGA